AUGGGCGAGGCGGCGGGCGGCAGCGGCGGCGGCGGGUCGCAGGGCCCCGAGAGCGCCGGGAGCGCCGGGAGCGCCGAGAGCCCCGGGAGCGCCGAGAGCCCCGAGAGCCCCGAGAGCCCCGGCCCCGCGCGGGAGAGGCGGCGCCCCGGCCCCCCGCGCCCGGUGCUGCGCGUGUCGCAGCUGCUGCUGCGGGCGCUGGCGGCGCACCGGGGCCUGACGCUGGCGGCGCUGCGGCGCGCGCUGGGCCGGGCCGGCUACCGAGUGCGCAGGCGCAGCGGCAGCCCCGGCGGCGACGCGCGGCCCGACCCGCAGGGGGCGCUGCUGCGCGUGACCGGCGGCGGCGGCGGCGGCGCGGCCGGCUGCUUUCGCGUCUGGAAGGUGCCGCGGCCGCGCAGGCGGCAGCGCGGGGCGGCCGCGAAGGCGCGCGAGGCGCGGGGGUCGCCGCGGACCCGCAGCCGGGCCGCCCGGCCGCCGCCCACGCCGCCGAGGACGCCCCCCAGGGAGCCCGGCGGGGCGCGGAGCCGCCGCGCGCGGACGCGGCCGCCCCCGAGGACCCGCGGGGCGGCGCGCGCAGAGGAGCCCCGGGCGCGGGUCCGAGCGCCCCGGAGACCCGCGGAGGAGCCCCGGGCGCGGGCCCGAGAGCCCCGGAGACCCGCGGAGGGGCCGCGCGCGCGGGCCCGAGCGCCCCGGAGACCCGCGGAGGAGCAGCGGGCGCGGGUCCGAGAGCCCCGGAGGUCGGGAGGCGCCCGCCGAGAGGAGCCGCAGCAGCCCACCCGGGACCCCCCGAGGCCCGGCGGAGACCCCCGCGAGGAGCAGCAGCCGCAGCCGCAGCAGCCGCAGCCGCAACAGCCGCCGCAGGCCGGGACGCGCGGCCUCCGACCCACCCGCUCCAGGACGUCCGCGCGGUCCGGGUCCGAGCGCGCCGCGAAGCCGGGCAGGAGCCCCUAG